AUGACUAUCUACAAGAGGCAGUUUAUAAGUGCCUUUGACGGCUUCAAAGUCUUAAAACUUCCAUACAAACAAGCAUACGGUGAGAAGAGGCGUUUUUGCAUGUGCUUGUUUCUUCCAGAUGAAAAAGAUGGUCUGCCAGCUCUGGUUGAGAGAGUUUGUUCUGAGCCAGGCUUCUUAGAUCGCCAUAUUCCAUGUUUCAAAGAUGAAGUGGGUAUCGUCAAAAUCCCAAAGUUUAAGAUUACUUCUUGGUUUGAAGUUUGGGGCAUUCUCGAGCAGUUAGGUUUGAAGCUUCCUUUCCACUUGACAGAGAUGGUGGAAGCGCCUCCAGGUCAGGACCUUUUUGUUUCCAAAAUGCUCCAUAAAGCCGUCAUCGAAGUUAAUGAAGAAGGAACGGAAGCUGCCGCUGUUACAGUGACCAGUGCGAGCUUUUCGUUCGCAGCAUGUAAGCCUAGGAAGACGGUAGACUUUGUGGCAGAUCACCCAUUCCUGUUUUUGAUCAGAGAGGAAAUGACUGGAGCGGUGUUGUUCAUUGGGCAGCUGCUCAAUCCUCUUCAAGGCUGA